AUGAAGAGGGACAUAGUGGAUUUCGUAUCUUGGUGUUUGAAGUAUGAGCACCAGAAGCCCAGUGGUGUGAUUCAGAGGAUACCCAUACCCAAGUGGAAGUGGGAGCGGAUUGCUAUGGACUUUUUGGUAGGAUUUCCACGUACUUUGGGCAAAUUUGAUGCUAUUUGGGUCAUUGUGGAUAGUUUGACCAAGUCUGCCCAUUUCAUUCCAAAGGAGUUGGGCACUAGAGUGGAGCUUAGUACAACUUUUCACCCCCAGAAGGAUGGUCAGUCUAAAUGGACUAUUCAGGUUAGGCCUUUGGGUACAGAUUUGUUAAGGGAUUCUUUGGAUAAGGUGAAGUUGAUUCAGGGAAGAUUUCUCACAGCUCAGAGUAGACAAAAACAUUAUGCGAACCAGAAGCAUAUUGGGGAGGUAGCUUAUGAAUUGGCUUUACCUUUGAAUCUUUCAGGUGGUCACCCAGUCUUUCAUGUUUCAGUGCUGAUGAAAUACCUUUCGGAUGGUUCUCAUGUGAUUUUGUGGGCUUCGGUGUUGCUUAAUCAGAAUCUGACUUUUGAGGAGGAGCCGAUAGCUAUUUUGGACAGACAGGUUCGGAAGUUCAAAUCGAAAGAAAUAACUUUAGUGAAAGUGCAAUGGAUGCAUCGUCCAGUUGAAUAG